AUGGUAACCUCGCUGCCCGAGUAUAUGGUGAUUGAUUGGUAUGUAAUCAAAGAUCUGAGCAACCAUUAUGGAGUUUCCGUGUUCGCAAUAGCCGCGCAUACGAUUUUGGAUAGCAUUUUCGAAUUGGGGCUCGCUAAUACAAUUGAGCACCUCAGUGCGCCAACGCCGAAGCAUAAUGACGCCUUUGAUUUUAUCAUAGUGGGUGGCGGUGCGGCUGGUUGUACGCUAGCCAAUCGGCUGUCGGAGAAUCCAAAUUGGUCAGUCGCUUUGCUGGAAGCUGGCGGCGUCGAGAACAUUGCACAUCGUAUACCCAUAACGGCAGGUUUCUUGCAAGGUACGCACUCGAAUUGGGGUUAUAAAUCAACGCCACAGAAGCUCGCGUGCUUUGGCAUGAACAACAACGAGUGUGCUUUACCUCGUGGCAGGGUGUUGGGCGGCACAAGUUCUAUCAAUUAUAUGAUCUACAACCGUGGUAAUAGACGUGAUUACGACGGCUGGGCUGCUGCGGGCAAUAAAGGUUGGUCGUACGAUGAAGUGCUGCCUUAUUUCUUAAAAUCGGAGAAUGCUCAACUCGCCGGCUUAGAGUGGUCCCCUUAUCACAAUCACUCAGGACCUCUGAGUGUUGAGGACGUCGGCUAUCGCACACAGUACGCGCAUGCGUUUGUGCGUGGCGCACAACAGGCGGGUCACCCAGUGACCGAUUACAAUAGCGAGGCGCAACUGGGUGUGUCAUAUGUUCAGGCUACAACACAAAAUGGACGUCGUCACAGUGCCUAUCGCGCCUUCAUCAGACCAGUGCAGCGUGCACGUCCAAAUCUACGUGUUUUCACAUUCGCACAUGUGCUACGAAUACUCAUCGAUUCCGAAACGAAGGUCGCUUACGGCGUUGAGUUUCUACAUCAGAAGCGUCGUCGUUACACUUUCAAGGCACACAAAGAGGUUAUACUCUCCGCGGGAGCUUUCAAUUCACCACAACUACUAAUGUUGUCAGGCAUCGGUCCUGCGGAUAAUUUAAAUGCAAUUGGCGUGCCCAUACUGCAAGAGCUACCUGUAGGCAAACGCAUGUACGAUCACAUGUCCCACAUCGGACCUGUAUUCCUCACAAACACCACUGGUCAAACGACAUAUCCGACCAGCAUAACAUUGAGCGAUAUCAAGCGCUUCUUCUUAUUCGGAGACAAAAAUACUCGACUCUCGAGUAUAGGCGGCGUAGAAUGUUUGGCUUUCGUGAAAAUACCCGGAUCUCAAAGACCAGCCGAUUGGCCGGACGUUGAGCUAAUAACGGUGUUGGGUGGCAUGGCGUCAGAUGAUGGCACGGGUCUUAAGGAAGGUGGUAAUAUACGUCAAGAUCUAUACAAUGAACUAUAUCUGCCGCUACAACUGGCUCGUCAAGAACACUUCACCGUGCUAAUCAUGGAUUUUCAUCCGAAAUCGUUUGGGCGCAUAUGGCUACACAAUCGCGAUCCACUACGUUGGCCCGUCAUUGAUCCGAAAUAUUUUUCCAACGAAGAGGAUAUCGAACACCUCCUCGAAGGCAUCAAGGUAGCGCUGCGCAUCGGCGAAUCGCCAGCUAUGCAACGCAUUGGUGCGCGUUUAUACGACAAACCUGUGCCAGGUUGUGAGCAUUUAGCAUUUGGUAGUGACGACUAUUGGCGCUGCUCGAUACGUACACUCUCCUACACGUUACACCAUCAAGUGGCCACCUGUCGCAUGGGCCCGGCAACAGAUCCCACAACGGUGGUGGACCCACAAUUAAAGGUACACGGCAUACGUAAGCUGCGUGUGGUGGACACGAGCAUCAUCCCCUUUCCGCCCACAGCACACACGAAUGCGCCAGCGUUUAUGAUCGGCGAAAAGGCGGCCGAUUUGAUACGCUGGGAAUGGGAAGCUAAUUUCGUGCGGUAAAAAAUGGGGUGUUGAACUGCGUAAAAUUCAAUUUGACACUUGACAAAUAACUGUUGAUAACUUUGAACUCAAUGUAAGAUACAUGAAAGAUAACAUGCCAAAAUGCAUUUAAAGAAUUUAAUUAAUAUUUAGUGACUAACGCUGAGGUGCUAAAAAAGCGGAGGUUAAAAAACCGGUUUAAGAAUUUUUAUUUUAUUGUCAAAUGUUUUUUUUUUUUUCAUUUGAGUGAUGAAAUAUGCGUCGCGCGUUAAGAAAUAUGAGUUCAAAUAUAAUAUAAAAUAUAUUUAAUUGAAAAAUAUACAUCAAAAGCUGACUAAUCACAAUUAAACCAAAUUAGAGAUCAUGUUAAUAACUAAGAAGCCAAAAGAAGAUCGCGCGCAAGGAACCCGCAAAGAUUUAGUGUAAUUAGAGCCAAAAAAACGUGCAUUAAAAUUAAAUGAGUUAAUUAAAUUCGGCAAAGAGCUAAAUGUAAUGAGAUUUUUUACAAGCGAUCUUGGUUUCGAGACUCAAGAUCAAAACAAAAGGAGUCUCAUGUGAAAAAAAUUAAGACGAGAAAUUAUGUUUACACCAAAUGAGAACCAGUUUAAAUUAUUCUUUUUUCACCGGAUGAAUCAUUUUAAAAGGUUUUACUUGAUUUUUUUUUUACCAAUCCGCAGAUAAUUUCAACUCAGCAAACUUAACGAG